GCCCUGCUUUCCCCUCCUCUCCAGCGCGGAGCCGUGACCUUCGCGGCGGGAGGCCGGGCCGGGGAGCGGGGCCCGUGCGGGGCCCAGGGCCGGGGGGACCGCGGGCAGGGCGGCGUCGGGCCUCGGGCAGCAGUCGGCGCCGGGGAGCGGGGCGAGCUAGAGCAACCGCCGCUUGCGUUCAGGUCGGCAGCGAAGAUGUCGGCGCCGACGAUGGAGGAGCGGAAGGCUUGCUGGGGGGCCCGGGACGAGUUCUGGCGGUGCUUGGAUCGGUACGGGGACGACACCUCCAAGUGCGAGAAGCUGCGGGUCUCCUUCGAGUCCCGGUGCCCGCGGCAGUGGGUUAAACACUUUGACAGAAGAAGAGACUUUUUAAAAUACAAAAAAAAGCUUGAAACAGAAGGGUAUCGGCCUUCAGAAGAUGCUGGAAAGUCUUAGGUACUCUGCUUUCAAAAUAAUUAACUAUGAAAGGAAGAAGCAUAAGAAAGUGACAGAAGCUGAGAGCUUCUUGAACUCAAGAACUGGUAACCUGUCUCCCCAGAUCACAGGCUGUUGUUCUUGUUGCAAGUUCUCAUGUGUCUGCUGAAAAAAGAUGGUCAUCAACAGCUUUUUAAGGAGUAUAAUUCAAAGAAGUAUGGUGCAGGGCUGUUCACAAGGCUAAGGUUUUGAAUAUAUAAUUAGUCAAAUUGUUUCACAGGAAUAAAUGAUUAUUUAUUAGUGUAAUGUACAUAUUCUAAAGAGAACAAUAAAAUUGUUUUUCAGUAAGUGAA